GCCGGACCUAUAAAUUUCUCCAACCCUAAACUCAGGUGUAGUAAAAUUAACUAAAAAAUUUAAGAUGGAUUUAUUUUCUUUAAAAUAAAUGCACACUUAUUAAAGCGAGGCUGAACAAUCUCUUGGAUGUCAAUAUUUUUUGAGCAUAUCUUUUGUUUACUCCGGGUACGCUAGAAAAUGUUAAUUACCCUAAAAUCUAUUAUCUACAAUCGCAAAGCUUUCGACUCGUCUGCGCUAUUUACUUAAUGAGGUUUAAAGUACCAUCAGUAGUUACGAAAUGACUGCCAAACUGUCUGGAAAUCUCAUAAAAGUGUUUGUCUAUGGCACAUUGAAACGCGGUGAGCCCAAUCACCACUGGCUCACACGUCCCGAAAACGGACACUCGCGUUUCGUAUGCGAGGCGCAAACUGUGCAAAAGUUUCCACUGGUGAUAGGCACACGUUACAACAUUCCAUUUUUGCUAAACAAACCUGGAGCGGGCCAUAACAUAUGCGGUGAAGUAUAUGAGGUGGACGAUACUAUGUUUGCGAAUCUCGAUGUGCUAGAGGAUUACCCUAACUAUUACGAUCGUGAAAUACAACAAGUAAAAUCUAAGGAUAAUGUAUCUAUUGACUGUUGGUUAUAUUUGAUUAAGGAAUUUCCGGAACAGCUACUCUUAAAGCGCCAUCUUGAAUCGUAUCAUAAUGCGGAAACACAACCAUAUUGUGAAAGGUCAGAGAGAUUGCCUGAUGUAAAGGCUAAAGAAGAUAUGGCCUACUGAAAAUUCGUUAAAUUUGCAUCAAAAUCUAUCCACCCAAAUUAAUACCGACACUUUGAAAGUUAUGCAUAUCGGACCUUUGAUGCAAGAGCGUUAUACAUAUUCCAAAAUAUCGAACCCUAGAGAAAAGCGGCUUUAAGUUUGCAUGGGCUCCCGUGGUAAAAAUGAAGACACAUUCCCUUCUAAUGAGCUAUUGGACCGUAUUAAUAAAAACUAAGCAUUUGCUUGUUAUUAAAAUUUCAGACCACUUACAUUUAUUUAAAGAG